CUUACCUUUGCAGUAAAAUGUCAAUCGCUCGUUUUUGGCCUCGAAUGGCAACGCCUUGCCUGCAGUCGGCGCCAACCGCGUGUAUGGCUGUACACCACACAUGGCUGCGAGCAUUGAGCACACAGGCGGGUCGAGCACUCGCUCCCGCAGACAAGGAGGAUCGCUCUGUCUUUGUUGGUCCCGUUCCACGAGAUCGUGUCUCGGUCACUUUUGCGCGGAGUAGUGGUCCUGGAGGCCAAAAUGUGAACAAAGUUAAUACAAAGGUCGAGCUCCGAUUCAACCUCAGCGAAGCCAGCUGGAUUCCCGAGCGUGUGAAAAAUCGCCUCGUUCAGUUUGAGGGUAGCCGCAUAACAAAAGAGGGAGAAUUUCACGUAACGUCAACAACCCACCGAACACAACUCAAGAACAUUGAAGAUGCAUUCGAAAAGCUCGAAGUCAUGCUGGCAAAAGCGUCCGAACUUCCAACCGAAACCUCUCCCGAGCAGCAGGCGAAAGUUCGUCGAUUAGAGCGUGCUGCCAAUGAGCGUCGUAUGAUGGAAAAGAAGAUGCACUCUUCGCGCAAGAGUAGCCGCCGUGACGACUUUUAGCGGCCAUUUUGUUAAUUUUUUUGUACUGUACUGUAUUCAACUUUCCUGCAAACAAAAAUUGAAGCACGACUUGGUUUUGUAACAAUCAAUGAAAUUAAGGAUCACGCAUGUUUCACGCCAUUCACUCGUCGGGACUUUG